UGCACACACCCUACUUCCUUGGGCUGGAGGCAGCAGCACACAGCAGUAGAGAAAGGGAGCAGGCCGAAGCCCAGAGGGAGGGUAGAGCACCAUGGCCUACCGCGGUCCGAUGCAGGAAGAAGCUACCUUCGUCGAUGACUUCAUGGACGGUAUGACCACCAUGCCCAACGAGAUCAGGCGAAACUCGCAGCUGAUGCGAACACUGGACAAAGAUGCACACGGUCUCUCAUCAGAGCUUGAGGCCCUGCACAACAAGUUCUUGGGGCAGGCCAGAGAAAAGAUGAAGGCGAGAGGAGACAGCCAGGACCUCGACCCGAAGGUCCUCGUUGACGACCCCCCCCUGAUGGCCGAAAUCGACAGCUUAUUCUCCCGCACCAAGCAGAUCGUCGACGAAAAGGCAAAGAUUGUUGCAAUCGCGGACCAGACGCACCAGAUGGUGGCAGACAGACUAAAGAGGCUCACGACGGACCUCGCUAGCUUCGAGCAGACGCUGCACAGUCAGGGGGAGUUCGACGUGGGGGCCGCGCAGCCGGGGGACCAGGUGGCCUUCCAGGAGGACCCCGAGGCGGACUGGGUGCUGGGCAGGGUGUUGUCGUGGAUGCACGAGACCGGCCAGUACGAGGUGAUGGACGAAGACGACAAUAGCAAGAAGCUCACCAUGGACGAGCACCAGGUGAUACCGUUGGAGGGACGAACAGAGCGGCUAUCGAAGGGAGACGACGUGCUGGCUGUCUACGUGGACACCACCUCCUUCUACCACGCUACCAUCGCGAUACCGCCGAGGGGAAGAGGCCAAAUCGGAAAUGGGGGGACGGCGCACGUGCAAUUCGUGGACGAUGCGGACGAGCACGGCGUUACGCCGCACCGGGCGGUGCCAAUCAUUCACAUAAUAAAGCUCCCGCUGGGCUCGUGAUAUUUUUCCCGGUGUGGUCGUGGUGUCCAUUCUGUCUUUUGAGGGAGGCGAGAACCAGCAGCAGCACAACUGCGGCUUGUUCGUCCGUGUUUGCUGGCGGUGGGCAUCUUUCCUCGGAUUGGUAGGUGUUAGUAGUAGGUGUUGUGGGAGGCUGUAAGUUGGUUCAUGUGCCGAACAACCUCCGAAGCCUGUGGGUGAAUCCAUUGGCUUUGGCGGCCUCGGACUUGUGCGCUGUACCUGCCUGCCUUGGAGGAGAGUUUUGCGGAGAGUUGAUCAUUGGACGGAGCAUGCCGGCAGCGGGUUAUUCCCAGACAGAUGCACGAUAGCUGCUGUAGCCUCAAGAGUAGCCUUUGAUGCAUGUUCCUCUUCAGGACGCACGCGUUUGCAUGUAGCCCCCAACGGUAUUGGAUUGUUGUGGGAAGAUCACGUUGCCUUCUUCGUGAAGAAGAGAGAAUCGACUUCGACGGACGUUUCGAGUGUAUGGAUGCGGGGAUGGUGCAUGCAUGCAACCUUUCGUGUUGGAAGGUGACAUCCACUUGACUGAUCCCUUCGUGAACGCCACUGCUACUGCUUGCCGUGGAUACUCAACUCGCAUUGAGUGGAGUCAAAGUCACACCUGACGGGGGGAGCACUUAAGACCGGAGGCUUAAGCCUGCGAUCACCGGGGGACAGCGUCAGUUCGUUGUCGAUAUAGUCCACGGGAGGAAAUAAUAUGUGCCAAGGAUAUGACCGGAGCGGGGCUCACUCUGUCAAAAUUCUGAUUGGCUUCUUGUCGUGUGAAGGUGUGAGCGAAUGGUGAAUGCCCCCAUCUUCGGCAUUGUCUUCCCCACGUCGAAGAUCCACCACACACAACUGGUGGAGCCGCAGUGGCAAAUCGAAUCAUCGUGUAAAGAUCUAUUAUUGCUGGGUUGACUUGCGUCCCGUAAGAAAAGUAUCCGCAGCCAUUGCAUAUAAUAUCUUGAUGUGUGGGCCGGUACUCGUACGGAGAGCCAAUGCCGCGCGGGCGGCCCAGUUGUCUCGAUGUGGUCUGCAGUAGUGGGUAACGUCUUGUUAACCUUCCAGUAGUAGUAGUCUACUUCGUAUGUUGUUGGCUCAGUUGCAGUGGUGGUUGGUGUCGCUUGAAUCUCGCUCUCUCGCAUGGCCCUGAGUGAGCAAUUUGCAAGUUCUGCACAAAAAUCAGAUGUCUUUUCUCGCUCUCUCAGAUUGUUACCCCACAAACAAUGGACUUGUAGGGAGUAUCGUUAGGUGAACCUUUCGAAGGCGAAAACGUACGCACGCAUGCAGGGGAAAAAAAGUGAUCGGAUGAGAAAAAUGCCUUGAGUGCUACCCUUCUCCUGUGCGCAGUUCAUAAUCAAUCCCCGG